AUGACUGCGCAUAGUUACAGUGUCUACAAUGCUGUCUAUGUUGUUGCACAUGCUUUGCGUGCCCUGUAUUCAUCCAUAGACCAGCAAAGAUCAGGGGUGACAUGGAAACAUCUUCAACAGCAGUCAUGGAAGGUAUCGCCUCUCUCCCUGUGUAAUGACAUCUGCCCUUCAGGUUACCGAAAGACCCCAAAAGAAGGAGAACCAUUUUGCUGCUAUGACUGCCUUCCAUGUCCGCAAGGAAAGAUCACAAAUCAGACAGACAUGGACAAAUGCUUCCAGUGCCCAGAAGAUCACUAUCCAAACAAUAACCAAGAUUUCUGCCUUCUCAAGUACAUGACAUACCUCUCUUAUGAAGACACAUUAGGAAGCAGCUUGAUGACAGUAGCCAUUACCCUUUCUUUCACCACAGUUUCUGUACUAGGAAUCUUCCUGAAGUACCACAACACUCCCAUUGUCAAGGCCAACAACCCCGACCUCUCCUACACCCUCCUCAUCUCCCUCCUCCUCUCCUUCCUUUGUUCUCUGCUUUUCAUUGGUCGACCCAUGAAGAUGACUUGUCUCCUUCGACAGACUGCUUUUGGCAUCAUCUUCUCACUGGCUGUUUCUUGUAUCUUGGCCAAAACUAUCACGGUGAUCUUGGCUUUCAUGGCCACCAAGCCAGGAUCAAGGAUGAGAACAUGGGUGGGGAAAAGACUGGCCUUUUCCAUAGUUCUUUCCUGUUCCUUUAUGCAAACUCUUCUUUGUUCUGUGUGGCUUGGAAUCUCACCCCCUUUCCCAGACUUUGACAUGCACUCCUUUAUCUCUGAAAUCGUUGUGGAAUGCAAUGAAGGGUCAGUUGUCAUGUUUUAUAGUGUCUUGUCUUUUAUGGGCUUCCUGGCUGUUGUCAGUUUUGUUGCAGCUUUCCUAGCUAGGAAAUUACCAGACACUUUCCAGGAAACCAAAUCCAUCAAAAUCAGUAUGCUGGUCUUUUACAGUGUCUGGUUGUGUUUUGCUCCUGCCUAUGUGAGCAGCAAAGGAAAAUAUAUGGUGGCCAUGGAGAUUUUUGCCAUCUUGGCCUCCAGUGGGGGCCUACUGGGUUGUGACUUUUUCCCAAAAUGCUAUAUCAUUCUGCUGAAACCUGAUCUGAAUAAAAAAAAGCAUCUGAUGAAAUGA